GUGGCGUAGGCCGCAAACACUGGUAGAGUUUUUGCCCCUAGAGGGAAGCCACAUUGGGAUGAGCUCUGCUGGAGACGAAGAGCGCACUGCAGCGAGCGGAGAACAGAUCUGCCCGCCGGGGCCGGAGGGCCGCGAUGCGGACCUUGCAAGUUUGCAACUGCAGAUUUCGCAAUUGGCGGCCCUGAUGGAGAAGUCGGUGAAGAAGAAGGAGCCUGGCAGCAUCGUGGCGGAUGCAGCCAGUAGGUGCGGCUGGGUUGCCGCCCCCGGAGGCCAACAAGAAAGCCCAUGCAGCCGCUCGGCGGUAGCGGGGGAUUUCUCCAGCAGCAAGCGAGAGAUGGUGGGCAAGGACCACGGCAGCUGCUGGAAGGCGUCUGGGCCAGCAGAUCGGGAGCGAACCCUGUUGGACCAGCCGGAGUGAGCCCGGGCAUAGGACCGGACGACGGGGAAGCGAGGGGGAUAAACCCCCCAGGUGAGAUACCCGUGACUCGAGAAGAUGGAGAAUACCUCGACGGCUACAGCAGUAGCCUCCAGAAACGAGUGACGGUCGAUGCCCCGCUUCUCGACGGAAAAAGUCGUAGCCACGGAUUUGAUCCUUGGCGAAAAUCGUUCAUCCAAGCCUCGAAGACCAUCGACUUGGACGGGCAGUUUAUAAAAGAUGCAGAGAGCAAUAUCCCCGUGGGCGUCCCAAACUCGCCGACUCCCGAACUGCUCCGUAGGGGCACACGAGAGCAGAAGCCCAACGAGGGCUUCAGGCGUUCCAUUGUAUCACUACUGCUGUGGUAAAACAAGCUGACAAAGCAAUCAUCAGCAACUGUACGUCAGUAAAAGAGGUCUUCACGGAAUUGGAAAAGGUCUAUGAUCCAGAGUCACAGGGGUCCAAACAGGCUUUGAUGCGGAAGAUGUUUGACGUUGCAAUCCCCACACACAGCAACAGUAACCCCAUCGAGCACCUCUACUCACUCGAGCUGCUGUAUGCCCGCCUGCGCGAAAAGGGGCUCAAUGCUGAACAACCCUUCGUUCUCGCCCACUUCGUUGGUUCCCUCCCACCCGAGUACCAACAAGCGAAUUCCUGUUGGAGACAGCAACGGCGCUGGAUAGGGCCGAGGUCGUCAUAAUCGUGAGCAUGGUGCACGCGAGCCUCCCGGAGGGGAGGAAGGCAUCGAAGGGCCAGCGGAGAGCGGAGCACGCUCUCCUCGCGAGCGACGGUAGCGGUGGGGGAGGAGCGCCGGGCCGCGGCAACGGCGGCCGCCGCAAGGGUGGCGGCGGCGGCGGCGGUGGCAAUCAGAAGGGGAGAGGGGGUGGCGCAAAGGCUGGCUGGUGGCGGCGGCGGAGGCGGCGACGACGAUGCGGGUAGCAUGCGCGGUCGCUGUUUCCGGUGCGGUAAGAAGGGCCACCAGGUGGCCAACUGCCCCGAGAGCAAGCCCGUGCGAUGUGAGACAUGCAAGGGCUACGGCCACGACAAGAGCAAGUGCCCGACCGAAGAGGCGGUGCUCGUGGUGGAAGUGCCGGCGGGGAGGGCGUCUGCGGACGCCACAGCACUGGACGUGGCAGAAGAAGCGCUGGUGGUCGGUGACAUCUCAGGCGAGUGUCACAAAGUCGUUGGUCGACGGGGUGUAGAGCUGGCUAGGCGGGGUAGGUAUGUUACCGAUACCGGCGCUACCACCCACAUGUUCCCGAACUCAGAUGGGUUCGUUCGUUACGAAGAGUGUGAUCGACGUGUGCGCGUCGCCGGAGAAGCCUUUUUCCCCAUCGUGGGGUACGGCGACGUGACGGUAACCCUUAGCUCGCGCGACGGUACAACCGACCUGUUGUUGAAACGGGUUGCACACGCUCCCUGACUAGAUAGCAACCUAGUAUCUCUCACUUCCCUCUUCGACGAUGGGUUCGAAACCAAAACCCUCAGUAAAAACGAGUUGGAAUUGGAGAGAGGGGGGGGGGAGUCGGCGUACUUCCGCCGAUGCAGUAACCUGUACGUCCAAAACGGUUUCCGCACUCACACCGAACAUGCCUAUGCCGCAAUUGCUCCUGGCAACGCGAAAGCGUUCAGCGCCCCCGUUCACAUCAACGAUUUCCACUGCGCGCACGGCCACUCCCACGAGGUGCUGCUGAGGACCACGGCGAAGCAGCAAGGGACGACGCUGGUGGGCGAGCUCCGGGAGUGCCUGGGGUGCUCGACGGCGAAGGGGCUUUCCAAGCCCAUCCCCUACAAGACGUCGACCCGAGCAGCUAAGAAACUGCAGCGAGUUUUCGUGGAUUUGAGUGGAAAAGCAAGGGUGCAGAGCUUGGGGGGGAAGUGGUACACUCUCAUUGUCAAGAAUAAUUACACAAGGUGGAACCGUGUCUAUUUUCCUAAAGCACAAAUCAGACGCAGCUGAGGCAUUUGAGAGGUACCUUGCAGAAACCCGGGCAGACGGUGCCCCGUCCGAUGUCAUGGUCGUGAGAUCUGACAACGGAGGAGAGUUCUUUGAGGGAGAGUUCGGCAGGGUGUGCCGGAAGUACUGCAUCAAACAGGAGUUCACCCCCGCGCACAGCCCAGAAUACAACGGUGUAGCUGAGAGAGCACUGGGUCUGAUCAAGGAUGCAGCACUAGCCGCCCGUAUCCAAGCGCCGACUCUUUACCCUGGAGCACCGCGCUACCCCUCCCUUUGGGCCGAGGCCAUUGCUUGGGCAUGCAACGCCCUGAACUGCACCUCCACCACAUCCAACCCAGAGAAGAAGUCGCCGUACGAGAUGUGGCACGGGCACCCUCCCCCGCCGGGGGCGACGUACCCGUUCCUCAAACCUGCCGUAUACAAGGUCAGGCGCACACACAAGUCCGAGCCAAAAGCCCAAAAGUGUUUUUACCUCGGCCCGGGAAUCAACACCAACCGUGAUUGCGUGCGCAUCUAGAACGAAAAACGCCAAGCGAUCACAACUCGCAACUUCACCUGGCAGUCCGUACCCGUUGCCCCCACCGCCCUGC